AUGCCUGUGAAGACGGAUUUUCAAUCCGACCACUUUUGGGUGACCGCAUACGUCGACCAACAUGUUUCUGCACCAAAAACCAAAUUUGAUCAGAAUGGCUCAAAAUGUAUGCCUGUGAAGACCCAUUCACAGCAGUGAUUGGUGGUGACCGUGACGGCAAUAGUGACUGACUGCAGCAAUGUUCAAGUGCGACAGUGCUGGGCAGCAGCUUCACCAGCCGACAAAAAAACAGGCAUAAUGUCUCUCUUUUCCUGGGUAUGUUCAGGCUGUUUUGUCUCAGUUGUAAGGCGUUCAACUCUUAG